GCUCCACCACUAACGCUCCGCUUCCCCCUAGUUGGCUCCCUUUUUUUAACCCGCCUCCCUCUAUAAAUGUUGCCCCUUCCCCCUCGCCUUAUCCUAGGCCUUCCACCCCACCGCACCUCGCAGAACCGAAAGGUCCGCACGCAUACGCCACUUGUACACCCAUGGUGCCCAGGACGGCGGAGAAGUCGCCUUUGCCGCCGGCCACCGGGCUCGGUCUCGGCCUCGGCGGAGGAGCCGGAGGCGCGGGGAUGGGGUCGCACUACAGAGGCGUGAGGAAGCGCCCGUGGGGACGUUACGCCGCGGAGAUCCGCGACCCGGCCAAGAAGAGCCGCGUGUGGCUGGGCACGUACGACACGGCCGAGGAGGCCGCACGCGCCUACGACUCUGCCGCACGCGAAUUCCGCGGCGCCAAGGCCAAGACGAACUUCCCGUUCCCGUCCCAGUGUCCCGUCGCCACGGGCGGCGGCAGCCCGAGCAGUAACAGUACCGUAGAGUCGAGCGGAGGCGGAGGCGGCAGCGGCUGCGGUGCCCAGGCGCCCAUGCAGGCCAUGCCGCUGCCUCCGGCCUUCGAUUUCGAUCUCUUCCACCGGGCGGCGGCCGUGACUGCUGUUGCCGGAGGCGGCAUGCGGUUUCCUUUCAAGGGCUACCCUGUUGCGCGCCCGGCCCCGCACCGGUACUUCUACGAACAGGCGGCAGCUGCCGCGGCCGCCGCGGCCGGCUACCGCAUGCUCAAGGUCGCGCCGCCGGUCACCGUGGCAGCCGUCGCGCAGAGCGACUCCGACUCCUCGUCGGUGGUUGAUCACACACCAUCGCCACCGGCGGUGACCACGAAGAAGGAGGUUGCCUUUGAUCUGGAUCUGAACUGGCCGCCGCCGGCGGAGAACUAGGCACAACGGAGUUUUUAGCUGACGACUUAGUAGUUUGUCUUUCUUUUUUCCUUCAGGAAUAUUACUUCUGUUUUUUUUGGUCCUCUUGCCUGUAUUUUUGUUUAGUAGUUUGUUGGAGACGGAGGAGCCUUAUGUAAAUAGUUUUUCCGCCGAGGACGGAGUUGAUCUGAGAUCUGUUCGUCUGUUUAAGCAGAUCAUGCCGGCGUUGAUAUGGACUGAUCCAUGGAAUAUAUAUGUAUUUCAUUC